UCUGGUGGGUGGGGCUAUGCCCUGGGCUGCAUGUGUGUAUUGGUCUCUGACCUCCAGAAACCAAGGCUAUGGGGAGUCAGAAGCUUGGCGGGUCCAGGAUCUCUGGGCAAACUUCUUAUACUGUCUUGUUACUGCCACUGGAGACCAAUUGCCAGGAUCCUGGAGCACUGACCUUCUUCCUUUGGCUUCAAGGGAUGCGUGCCAUAGAGAGAGAGCAGGAUGCCCUGUGGCAGGGGCUGGAGCUAUUGGAAAAAAGCCAAGCUUGGUAUAGAGAGAGUCUAAAGGAGGCUCAGAGAUGGCAGCUGCAUCUGGGAAAUCUUGGUGAGAAUUUCCAUUCAGAGCCCAGGGCCUCCCUCUUGGCCCAAAUCCAGAAAAUGAACAACUGCCUGAAGAGUCUGACACAGGGGAAGGACCUGAAAAAGCCACAAGAACACAAGGUGGCAGCCCAGCCUGAAGAAGCUAUUCCACUGGGCCAGAUGAGAAGGCAGAGGGGUCCCACCCUAGUCUAAGGACCUUUUCCAUCCACACUUUGGUUGAUGAGAGAAGACUGCUAGAAAUCCACUACCUUCCUCUGACCCCAUUCUUGCCAAAAUUGAAAUGACUUUGCUUGGCAAAAAUAUAGAUAUUCCUACUUCUCAGGCCUCAUACGGCAGAGAAAAAUGAUUAAAGUUUCUUCUAACUCUC